AUAAGAUUACAGCAUGUGCUCGCUACGUACAACGGGCACAGCAACAGGGGUAAUUGCCGGGCAACGGAGAAUGACAGCAGCCACUCCAGUUGCUCCGCAGACAAGGGGAUGGAUGAAUUAGGAUAUCCGAAUUUCCCAGGACCAAUCACAACGUAGUAUCAAUUGAACUAUCAGUAAGGGACAUGUGAACGGCCGGCGCGAAUUUCAAAUCCCUAAAAUACAAAUGGUGGUCAGGUAGAACAUGAGGGCGGCACGACGCAAGUGUACCUACACGUGCUCUGACGAAGGUCACCACCUGUGCUUGCAUCCUGCGAAUUUUACCCUGCUACAGUGGAAUCACCCCCCUGGUGCACAAAAUGACUUCCAGCCCUAUUGUUAUUGCAUUGAUGGGUCCGACAGAAUCAGGGAAAACCGAUUUUAUCAACCACCUCGCGGGAAGGCGAGAGGACAAGGCAGCGUACCAGCCUAAGUCAUAUAAGAUGGGCAUCAGCGUGUUCCCAGUCGGCCUAUCCAACAACCGACUAUGUGUAUUCAUGGAUAUGCCGGGGUUCGAUGACAAUUUUCGAUCAGACAGGGAGACGUUACAAGUGAUGAGUGAUUGGAUAAGGGAGAAAUAUCGCAUGGGCAUCGAGCUGACAGGCUUCAUUUAUACUCAUCGCAUAACCGACAGUACAAUAUCUGCAAUAGUGCGCAGGAACUUCGCCCUGUUUUGUAGGUUGUGUGGACGCAAGGUGGCCGAGCGCGUGCGACUGGUGACCACUAUGUGGGACAGGGUAAGAGAUGCGAAUGCUGCAGAGAGCAGAGCGUCGCAACUAGAGAAAAACUUGUGGAAGCCGCUACUCGAUGCAGGGGCUCGCCAUGAGCAGUUCAAAAACUCAUCAAACUCCGCAUGGGAGAUUGUGCAAGGCUUGAUGGGAUUGAACGAGACAACUGCUGGGAAAACCCUCUACACGCAAUUCCAGAGGCCCCUACACGAAGAAAAGGAGAUAGUCAAACAGUUGCAGGAAGAAACCAUGGCGCGGAAUGAUCCGGAGUUGGCGGAGGAGAUCGGGGCAGAGCGACAGCGCUUGGAAUCCUUGGAUGCUGAACUACAAAAGUCAUGGGAUAAUACGAACAAAUCGAAGAUCCCAUUGGCGAAGCGUGCAGCCCUCUUGCCAUUUUCUAAAACUUCAACCCAGUCUGCCACCAACCUAAACGUCUUUGGGGAACCACACAAAGAUUACGUAAUAUUUGUAGUUGACCGAACUGGGGAAGAUAAGCACUGGUUUAUCAACCAAUUGGUUAAGAAUCGUGUCAUGGAUCGACAUCCCCAUACGAAGAAUGUCGAAGCGUGGAUGUUUAAGUUCGGUAAUGACUCGGACAACAUCAUAGUCGUCGAUGGGCCAUCCUUCCACACUGAACAUGAAGAAUUUUUUGCUAAAAAUUUGGGGACUGAUCGGUCAGAGUUGAGAUUCACCAAAAAAUGUCAUUCUGGCGUUCUCUUCCUCCACUCGCUCGAAUCAGAUCCGAACUAUAGCUGCACGCUGACGUCACGGCAUCUUAAGAUGUUUGUGAAGGCAUUUCCUUUCAUGGUUCCAUCCCGCAUUCAUGUGGUGCCGACUUGCAACUCGGGCUCUACUCUGCCCAGUCAAACGCAGAGCCAACGGCUGUCGCAGCUCCAAAUUAUGGUCGAAGCGUUGAACGAAAACAGAGAGUAUGGUUGGCAUGUAUCUAUGUUCCCCGGAGUUUUCAAAGGCCAACCAGAAAUAGCGUGGAGUGUGACACUGCUGCUACUCAAGGGUAUCACUGAAGCACAGGUAAAAGAGUCUUUCGCUUCCCCCACGCCUGCUUUAAAGCGCAUGUCCCCGGUAUCCUCAGGUGUUGGCUUAGCUCUCAAAGAUCUUGCCGAUCCCCUCUUCAAUAAGCUCAGAGAGGAAGGAAGGGAUAGCGAUUUUGACCUGCACAUCACACUGCAGCGAACUGCACUGGAAUGCACUCCGCUGGAACACCCACAACGCCAAACAGCUCUCAUCGGCCUCGCCAAUCUCCUAUCUGAGCGGUUCAAGAUAGAGGGAAGGGAUGAGGACGUGGACGAAUUAAUCACGUUGAAACGAGCUGCGUCGGAACAUGUGCCCCCAAACGACCCGCGGAGACAAGCUGUCCUUCUUGACCUUGAUCACAUGCUUUAUGAACGCUUCCGGCGGGAGGAUUCCGUGGUGUAUCUGGAGGAGAUUAUAUCUCUUCGCCGUGAUGCAUUGGAACGUACUCUUCCGCCGAACCGAUGCAGACCUCUUCUCGAUCUCGCCAACGCCCUUCACGAAAAGUUCCAAAAACAGGGCUUGGAGGAUGACAUAAAUGAGGCACUUAGCCUCAUGAAUGCUGCAUUGGAGCUCUGCCCUCCAGGUCACCAGGAUCAUUCAUCGUCUCGAAACCAUCUUGCGAGUUUCCUCAUAGCAAAAGUUAGAACAAGGGGUGCCCAGGCUCAUGCAAGCAAUAUUUCCAGUUCCGUUUCCGCUGAUAUCAAACAAUUGAUCAAGAAGGGCUUUUUCGAAACAGUUGAAAAAUUCCCACUCCGUCUGUUACAUACACAGACUGGGAUCUUGUGUAACCGAGAUGCACAGCUAUCCCACUUCGAGCGUAGUCCUCAAUACAAGCAGUUGCUGUUGUCAACGUCUCCAUCUGGUAGCCAGCAACUCGAAAGGGAAAUCAAAGAUACUGUGUCUGAGUGCUUUGGAUUUGCCAUGCUCUCUCACAGGUGGGGGAGUGGUGAGCCAUCACUCCGUGACGUUGAAAGCAAACAUAUCUAUGACUUGCGCGGCACAGAUGGUCUGGAGAAACUCCAAGAGUUUUGCAUUCUCGCUUUCCAGCAUAAUUUCCAGUGGGCAUGGAGCAAUACGUGCUGCAUUGACAAAGAUAGCAGUGCCGAAUUGCAGGAAGCGAUUGGAUCUAUGUUUUCUUGGUACCACCGGUCGUCCCUGACAAUCAUUGUCUGGUUUAAACGAGGUUGGACACUCCAAGAAUUGUUGGCUUCACACACCAUCUUGUUCUACACACAAGACUGGUCACCCUACAGGAAUUGUAACGCGGUGAAUCACAAAACAGAUCCUGCCUUGCUCGAAGAGCUCCAGAAGGCAACUGGAGUAGCAAAGCAGUACCUCAAGAAUUUCUAUCCAGGCAUGGAGGAUUCGCGAUCUAGACUGCACUGGGCAUCAGGCCGUUGUACUACGCGACCAGAAGAUGUCGCCUACUCGCUUUUCGGAAUCUUUCAGGUUCACUUGCCAGUACUCUAUGGUGAAUAUGGGGAGAACGCUCUCGGACGGCUUCUUGCAGAGAUCAUUUCAUGUUCUGGAGACGUUUCGGUUUUGGAUUGGGUUGGGAAGCCGUCAUCAUUCAAUAGCUGUUUCCCUGCCAGCCUCGUGUCAUAUCAGACGGUACUUGACGUCCAGCUGACCCCCAACCACCCUGCCAGGCGCAAUGGCCUAGAUCUUAAGAAGGCAAAAAAAUUGUACAAUAACCUCGCAAGCUUACCGCGGGCCGGAUUUGUCAACCGCAAACUUGUGUUGCCCUCCACCACUCACCCGGUCAUGGCGGUCAAACUGCAAGGUUCCUCAGCCAGCCCCUCACGCUACACAUACGAGGUUCAUGCAUCGCGCCUGAUGCCUGUCAAGGUCACACUACCUGACAAACUUGAGGAGGGUGUCGGUAGAUAUAUUCUUGCUCGACCUUGGCAUCCAAAAACACUCCCGACGCAGUCCGAUAGCGAUGACGAUACCGUGUGGGAGUUGCUAGAACAGCUGAAGCGGCCAUUCAAUGCACUUCUACUCAACAAGCUGCCUCAGAACGAGUGCAAAAGAAUCCCGAGCGACCGUACGAUUACCACUUGUGUUCAGGAUCUGGACUUUAUCUAA